AUGGCUGACUUCAGGAAGAUGGAUGUCAUCAAUUUCACUGCCUUGCCAAUGGUGCCAGUAGAUGAGCACCUGGCUGUCUCAUUCACUGCACGGAAAGCAAUGAAGGAUGCCAUGAGGAAGAAUCUGGAGGACAGUCCACCCUCCUGCUGCACUGGCUCCAUACAGCAGGUAAACCAAGGGAUUGCUGAGACAGAUCUGAGUCCCAGCCUGUUGGUGCACAGCCUGGCAAUUGAGAAGUAUGAGAUGGAGAAGAAGGCUUUAAAAGGAGAGAGAAGUCGCGGCGGCUCGGGAGACAGAGAAAAGAGCGAAAGAAAAUCUCAGUGUAUUUGCAAAGGCUCAGAAUCCAGGAAUGUCAAAUCUUUCAUUAUCAGAAGGAAAACAGCAGACAAAAAUAUGCUGGCAGAGCUGUACCAGUAUCCACAGUUUGACGACUCUAAGCCAAACAACCUUCCAAAUGGGGUGGACUUCUAUGACAUGGUGGGCAAUGUGAUCCAGGCUGAGAGAAACCCCCUUAGUGGCAAGUCUUUCUGUUCAGAUAAAGAAUUAGAGCAGUUUCUCUCUUCUCCUUCUGUAAGAGGCAUGUGGCUGGAUAGCUUCUGGUGGAUCUUUCAUGAAAGAUACCAGCCAAAGAAGGAAGUCCAGAGUAAGCUGUUCGACAGGAUAGCCCAGCACUAUGCCUUUCUUUUGUCUCGUGAAUCCAGGUCCCACUACGAAGAGGCUCUCUUAAAAAGGUUGCCAUCACUUCUGAGUAAAGCCCUGUACACCAGCUUCUGCUGCUGCUUCCCUCAGUCCUGGUUCAACACUCACGAAUUCAAGUCUGACAUCUGUAACACGAUGAGCCUGUGGAUUUCAGGUAUAUAUCCUUGCCCACACAGCUAUAAUAGCUGGGACUACUCGAAACUGGAUCCAGAGAGAUUCCGGAGAGAAGAAUUAAUGUUGCAGAGAAAAAGACUGCUGAAGGGAGAUACUCCGGCCGGAAGUCCCCCCAGAGCAAGAAGGUCUGCUGCCCUCAGAAUCCUCCAGCUGCAGUCGGCCUUCCCCACACGCCCUCCACCCCAGCAUCUCCCAGGGAAUGUCUUCAUUGAGAAAUUAGAAGUGGUCAGCAGUAAGGCCCUCGCCUGCCGACCACGAAACAGCCUGCCCCCAUCUGUACCUUUGCCGCCUGCCAACCCGGCGCCCCUGGAGGAAGGGCCCUGCCCCCCACUUGUGCUUGGACCUCGGCCCCCUCGGCUUCCACUCCUGCACUUGGCACCCUCUUUCUUGCAUCAUCGUUUUCCCCGGCUCUGUUGGAUCACUCCCAUCGUUGAACAUUUUACUAAAUUUGUUCUUCUGUGUUUUUGUUUUUUGUUUUUUCCUCUCUUGGCAUCUUCUGAUAUGAAUUCAACCAAUGAGAGAACCUCUUUUGCCCAGAAGAAUUCAAUGGAUGGCUCACAAAUACAGAAUACCUCAAAAGAGCAUAAUUAUCAGACUCUGGUCUUGAGGAAAGCAACACAACAAGUCAAAAGGAUAUCAGCAGCAAGAGGACUUGAGAAUAUGCUUCCUAAGCCGUCUUACCCUGCCUGCAAAAGCCCUGAGAUGACUUCAAACCUCUUCAAUAUUUAUGGGAAGAGCCCUCUGAUUGUGUACUUCCUCCUGAACUACGCCUCUCUGCAGCAGCCUGGCAAAGACGUGUUGAUGGUCAGGAGGGAAAAAACCAAGACCAUCCCUGAGUCCACCCUGACGUACGUUGAGGUCAUCAGCCUGACCCUGAGCAACACAAAGAAGCGGAGGGACGACCUCCACCAGCUGAACCGGUUUCACUGGAGCGAGUGGAAUCAUUUCAGUGCGCACCUGAAGGAGCUGCACAACAACCUCCUCAGGGAGGUGAAGAAUAUUGAUCAAAGAGCAAAAGACAAAAAACAGGCGAACCACAUGUUCAUCCAGCCUUCAACCUUCAUUGAGGACUCCCCUGAAAAGAAAUCUAGAAGAAGCCAUCAGAGGGAGAUUGCGUUUCUUUUGAGGUUUGUUUGA